AUGUCCUUCUUCUCGGUUUUGGCUGCUGUUAGCAGCUUAACUGCGACCGCAGUGGCCACGUCGCAAAUUGUUCCCGUCACUGAAGAUUCGGGCUUUUGGUUUGGUAAUUUCACAGUCGGAAACUCCACGAAUCUGAGCCUGCUGGUCGACACUGGUUCCGGCGACAUCAUCAUUAACCCAGGCUUGUACAAAGCCGGUUCGAAUGCCGAGAACCUCCACGAAAAUUUCGACAAUUCUUACGGGACUACCCAAAGCAACGGCGGAGGUACAAUUGAAAUUAAGGGGCCUCUGUAUUCGGACAUAGUGUCCAUUGGCAAGCUGAGCGCAAAGCAACACAUUGGCGCCGCAAAUAACCAAACAGGAAUUCCGCACGAUGGAAUCGUUGGGUUCGGGCCCUCUUCUACCGAGUUUCCCGGGCCAAAUGCCAUGGCGUUUGUAGAGACUCUUUGUCGAGAUGGAGAUCUCUCUGAAUGUCGCUUCGGUCUUGCACUAAACAGCAACAAGACAGGCUCUUUGAUCCUUGGGGAGGUAGAGCCCAGUCUAUACAAGAAUAACUUGUCGCUGGUGCCGUCUAGCGAGUCAUGGACAGUUAAUGCGGAUAUCUAUGUCGAUGGGUCCAUCUCCAAUUCGGAUACUUCGGUGGUUAUGGACAGCGGCACAGCGACCAUUGUUGGGCCAAUCGACCAAGUAUCGGCAAUUUUCAACUCUACUGGCAUACAGGGAGUGCGUAGUGGGGGCUCAUUGUUUGGCUAUUUCCCUUGUGAUAAACCGCCAACUCUGGGAAUUGGGCUGCCCUCGCAGUCUGACGCAGCAGCAGCAGCCAAAAAGCACUCACCUUUGCUCAGUACUACCACCACCUUGUUUAACAUCAGCUCGGAUCAGUGGGCCAUAGCCAAUAAUGGCCACAACAAUUGCACAGCCUUAUUGAGUGGGCAGGACUUUGGGGAGUCGAUUUGGAUUUUCGGACAAGCCUUCUACACUGGGUUAUAUGUUGACCAUAACAUGAAAGAUUCAGUGAUGGGCUUUGCUUCGUUGGACUCUCCUUAG